AUGGCUUUGAAACCUAAUGCCACCACUGUUUCAUUAACACCUGCAAAAAUGGCGACAGAAACUCCAGUCAAGAUUGGCACAAAAGGAACCGUUGGAUCUCUCAUGAUGAAAGAACUCGAGUAUUUCAACAUGCUUGAAGUUAAAGUACACUCUCGAAAGCAUAGCUUACAAGUAGCGGAAGCAGCUACAACUUCGGGUGAACAAGAUUCAGCGACUAAAACCCCGAAAAGCAAGAAAAGAGGCAACAAAUUUGUUCCAAGAUUCUGUUCUGUGAUCGAUGUAGCAGAUAUCAAUGGACCUAAAAUGAUCUCGGGGUUUAAUUACAAGACUCUGAAAGCCGAUGUUCGUAAAUUGCAGGUUUAG